AUGGUGUCGGGGACGAUACUCCACAACGUUGGCUUCUUCUCGGCGUCGCGGGCACAGAUCCAGGACGCGGAGCGCAACCGCAGGAAACGAUGCGCCGCCUCAGCUGCCGCGAAGCGACGGGGGGAAAACGUGAAGGUGGAGAAGUGCCACCCCAUCGACAUGCUUCAUGAAGACGAGCAUGGACAGUACUGGUCCUACCACCGCUUCGAGUACGGCAAGAACAAGGAGGGAUACUGGACCGGGUUCAGGAUGCUGGACCGCAUGUCAGACGUGCUCGACAUGUUCACAGUUCUCCACCCUGAGCAUAAGCCUGUAGGCCUGUUCGACUGGUCGUCCUGUCAUGACUGCAUGGAGGUCGGCGCACCGUCGGUGAAGAGAAUGAACUUGGGUGUCGGUGGUGUGAGGAACGGAGAAGAGCUUGCGCCGAUGGACCCCGUGACCAUCCUCGAAGAUACCCCGAACCUCCCAGCCGGCACGGUACAGCACUUGGUGUUUCGGAGGGGGGACGAUCCCCCCUUCCACUCCCCGCAUCUCAAGCCGGCGCAAUAUGUCGGAAAGUUGAAAGGAAUGCGGCAGAUUUUGUGGGAGAGGGGGCUCCUGGUCAAAGGCAUGAGUAAGACGGGGGGCUCGGGCGAAAAGCAGGACACCAGCAAGAGCAUGGAGCACGUUUUGGGAGAGCAGGACUUCAAGGAAGUUGAUUCUAGUCUGGUGCUGCUGUUGAUGCAGCGCCACGGGGUGGCCUGUCUCAUGCUUCCUAAGUACCACUGCGAGUGUAACCCCAUCGAGCCUGUUUGGGGCCGAGCGAAGGACUGGACUCGAAAGAACUGCAAAUAUUCGUUGGAAUGCUUGCGCAAGAACGUGCCGCUGAGUUUUAGAUCAGAGAAGGAUAGACAGGCUGUUUCGGUAGUCCAGGGCUACUGCAAGAAGGCGUACACACACGCCCUCAUGUACCGCGAGACGCGUGUGCAAGGGCCUGAGGGCAAGAAGACGUACUAGAAGUACAAGUCGCACAGGCGCCCGACCCCGAAGGAAUGGAGGCCGUAGAGUCGAUGGCGCAUUCUUGUUCAUUGAGCUGUAUUUGUUCAGUUUUUUUCCGUGUUUCUGGUGGGAAUGUUGCACAAAAAUGGAACAUUUUUGUUGAAAACGGCCAAUUUUUGUGAUGUAUGUACGCUAUAGGUGCGGUAGAGGCAUUUUCAUAGUGUUUGAGGGCGUUCCUGUGCACGUGUGGGUGGUUUGGUGCGAGAAAAAAAAAAGGAUUAGCAACACAUAUGGGGGAAAAGUUGCUCUCGGGCCAAUUUCGUGGGUUCGAGACCCGCCGCGAGCAUCUUUUUUUCUUUUUUUUU